AUGGGUGUUACGGGCUUAUGGACGAUAGCAAACCCCUGUGCGCGCCCUGUUAAGCUCGAAUCACUCUCCCGGAAACGUCUUGCCGUCGACGCCUCCAUCUGGAUCUACCAGUUCCUUAAAGCCGUCCGGGAUAAAGAAGGACACGCGCUUCAGAGUUCGCACAUAGUUGGUUUCUUCAGGAGGAUAUGCAAGCUCCUUUUCUUCGGGAUUAAGCCGGUUUUCGUGUUUGACGGGGGCGCGCCACCGCUGAAGAGGCAGACGAUUGCCGGGAGGAAAGCCCGUAGGGAAGGAAGGAGGGAGGAUGCCAGGAGGACCGCCGGGAGGAUAUUGGCCUUGCAGGUCCAGCGGAGUGCGGAUAUCGAGGCUGAGAGGCGAAGGAAGCGGAAAUCGGGGGAUUGGGAGGAUGUGCCUGAUGGGGAAUUGGAGCAGGGGCAGCCGGAGGAGGAGGGGGAGGAAACGAUUGGGGAUGUGAGUCAGUUGGUUUACGUUGAUGAAUUGGAGCAGACCCCCAAGGAGCGGGCGAGAGCCCGUGGGUUUAGAAAGUCGGAUCCGUACCAUUUACCCGAGCUCCCUGUCGGCAUGGAGAGCCUAGGGGCUCCGAACGACCCGAGAGUCAUGUCGCAGGGUGACCUGGAAGAGUAUGCCCGCAUAUUCCGUGGUGGGGAGGAAGUCAACCUUUACGACUUUUCCAAAAUCAACUUUGACUCGGAUUUCUUUAUCUCGUUACCCAUGGCGGAUAGGUACAAUAUUCUCAAUGCUGCGAGAUUGCGUUCUAGGAUGAGAAUGGGAUUGGCGAAGGAGCAACUUGACUCGAUGUUUCCGAAUAGGAUGGAUUUCUCUAAAUUUCAGGUUGAGCGGGUUAAGGAACGGAAUGACCUCACGCAGCGCCUUAUGAAUCUCAAUGGAAGGAAUGAUCAACCGGGGUCCUAUGACCCAACUAGAGUAGCUGGGGAGAAGGGAAGGGAAUAUGUUCUUGUUAGGAAUGAUGGUGUCGAGGGUGGUUGGGUCCUAGGUGUUGUCGGUAGCGCUGGAGCGAGGGAGGGCGAGAGGAAUAAACCUAUCAUCGUUGACAAUACGGAAGAACUUGAGGGCGAAGAAGAGAAAGACCUGGAUGACGAGGAGGAGUUUGAGGAUGUUCCGGUUGAGGGCCUGAACAGAUUGCCGCGCAUUGGACCUCGCGAUGGUCGUGAGGGGAGCUUUUCAUACGAUGUAUUGGGCGGCGCGGAGGCGCAGAUGCUAAGGAGAGCGAUUUACAAGAGCAAGAGGGAUCAGGGCGGGCCGAGUAACAAACGAGAGCUCUCGCCAGAUCCGAUUUCUGAUGCUAGUUUAGCUGGGCCUACUAACCCUUUAUUUCUUGGCAAUGACGAAGAAUAUGAUGACGAGGACGAUGAUCCAUUCCCAUUGGACUUUGUCGGUGAAGAACGGGGUAAUGAUGAUGAGGAACUGCAAAAGGCUAUUCGGUUAUCACUCGAGGCCCCUCGAGGGUAUGAUAGUAUGGAGCUGCAAUCAACCUUCUUUGGUCGCGAUCUUAGCGAUAUCGCCGAAGAGGAGGAAGAAGACGAGCCCAUUAAUAAUAAAGGGAAAGGGAAAGCUGUCGAGGAGCCUUCAGUGGAGAAAGAGGUAUCACUACUGCUUGCGGUGCCUGAUGAGGAUGCAGAUUUGAGCAGGGCUGUUUCUGAAUCAAGACGUAUGAAUGGUGGUGUCAUACCGAGUGGCCCCGGCUGGAGCGCACCUGGUGAGGGUAGCAAGAGCUCUAGUUCUUCUGCUGCUCUAAAGAAUCCAUUUGGGGGAUUAUUGCCCUUUGAGCCUUUAGAAAUGGGCAAGAGUAUGCUAUUCAAAGGGAAGAAACCGGAGGAGAAACCUAGGGAGAUGGGGGGGGAUAAAAACAAGGGAAAGGAGAAAGAUGGGGAUGACUCUGCGCCGCUACCGCCGUGGUUCGCUGGGGGUGCGAAAAAAGAUCUAGCGGAAGGGAUGCGUUUGGCUAACCGCGACACGGAGCUCACUCGGGGGGAGAAGGAAAGGGAAGAGCACGAACUAGAGAUGCAGAGGAUUGCUGAUGAACGGUAUAAAAACCGGGACGUAGUGAUGAUUGAUUCCGAUGAUGGGGAGGAGGACGACGACGUGGUUAUGCUAGACGGCCUAUCUGAGGGGGGUGACUUGAGCGUGGAUGAUGUGGCAGGCCGACUAAGAACACAUCCACCCAAGCCAAUAGACUCCCAGCAGGGGGGCGAUGAAGAAGAGAUCGAAUGGGAAGAAAGCGAUCACGAGGGUGUACUAGCAGCGAGGGAAUCUACAGCUCCGCCGAAGCCUUGUUCUGGAGAAUCGCCCCCACCCCCUGACUUCAAAGGAGCCGAGAACGGAGUGGCUCGAGAGGCAACUCCGCCGCUGGAAGAUGCAGAUGGCGGGGAACAAUACACAGAACCUGAAGACUUGGAAUUACUGCAGCAACUCGCCGCGGAAUCAGAGGAGCACGCCCGGUUCGCCGCGGAACUAAAUAGCAAACCCCAGGAACAAACCCGAGAGGGAUACGAGCGGGAGCUCCACGCUCUCCGUGCGCAGCAAGCCAAGUAUCGCCGAGAUGCUGACGAGGUCACCCAAGUGAUGGUCCAAGAAUGCCAGCAAUUACUUACACUCUUCGGAAUACCCUACAUCACUGCGCCAAUGGAAGCGGAGGCUCAGUGCGCGGAGUUGGUUCGUCUCGGGCUUGUUGAUGGCAUUGUUACAGAUGAUUCGGAUACGUUCUUAUUCGGCGGGACGAGAGUGUAUAAGAACAUGUUCAAUCAAGCCAAAUUCGUUGAAUGUUAUCUCGCCAGUGAUUUGGAGAAGGAAUACGCGUUGGACAGGACAAGGCUUAUUCGGAUAGCACAUCUGCUCGGUAGCGAUUACACGGAAGGCGUGCCUAAUGUUGGUCCUGUCACGGCCAUGGAGCUCCUAGCCGAAUUUGCCAACGAUAAUGGCCUAACCGAAUUCAAGGAGUGGUGGACAGCAGUACAAACCGGUCUGAGAAAGCCAGCAGACGACAAUGAUAGCCCCUUCCGGAAGAAAUUCGUAAGUUCACACCUCCACUAUCCCCCCACCGCCUUCCGCACUAACGUCCCCGCCAGCGCAAAAACUCCACGAAGCUUUUCCUCCCAACAAACUUCCCGGACCCACGUGUCGACGAAGCCUAUAUGUAUCCAGAAGUCGACCACGACCCCUCACAGUUCGAAUGGGGAAUGCCAGAUCUUGAUGGUCUUCGGCGCUUCCUCAUGGCAACAGUGGGCUGGUCCCAGGAGCGCACUGACGAAGUACUUGUUCCGGUCAUCAAAGACAUGAAUACGAAACAAGUUGAGGGUACACAGAGUACUAUUACACAUUUUUUUGAGGGUAGGAUUGGGACGGGUGCGGCCGGGGUGGCGGGCGCGCCUAGGAGGAAAGUUGGGAAGAGUAAGAGGAUGGAGAAGGCUAUGUUGAGUCUACAUGAGAGGGCUAAGGGGAUUAAUGGCGGUGAGGGGGAUCCCGCGGGCCAGCAGGGUGGGGAUGUAGAUGAUGGGGAGGCGGGGAAGCCGGCAAAGGGAAAAUCGGCUAAGAAGAGCCGGGGUAAGAGGAAGUCUCCGGUUAACAACAACGGUCGAGACGAUAAUGAGGAGGGGCUCGGAGGAGAGGGGUAUCAUGAGGAAGAAGCACCUGCUCCAGCCAAGAAGCGCAAAACUGCUAGCGGAGGAGCGAGGAAAUGA